AUGGCAGAGUCACUUGAAGCAUUGAAGAGGAAAAGGGCUGCAUCAAGAGGUUGGUUGACAAGAGCUGUACAGAACCUCCAGGAGGUUUUAAAUGAUAACAACAGUAAUUAUGAGAAGUUAGAUCAAGUUGCUGCUGAAUUUGAUAAGAGGCUAAUAUUGUUGGAUGAGGCGCAGACAGCUGUUGAAGUAGAACUUGUUAAUCCUGAUGAUUUAGAUGCAGACCUUGAUGAAGCAAGUAAUUUUCGCAAAGCUGCAACAAAUGUUAGAUUUGAGGUCACCAUGCGAAUGAAGAGAGCUAAUGAUGGCAGUGACAGUGACAAAGGCUCUGUCUCCAGUAUGAGCACCUCAGAUGCAAAGCUGCCAAAGCUAGAGCUUCCCAAAUAUGAUGGUGAUCUGACCCAAUGGCAGUCAUUUUGGGAUAGAUUUACAGCCUCAAUAGACAGGACUGACAUACCUGUUAUUACUAAGUUCACUUAUUUACAAUCAGUGUUACAAGGAAAAGCAUUGUCUGCCAUCCGAGGAGUAACACUCACUGUUCCAAAUUACAAGGUUGCAUGUGAUAUAUUGAAGAAUAGAUUUGGCCGACCUCAAAUAAUCAUAAAUGCACAUAUUCAUGCACUAAUGAAUAUCUCUGUAGCUCCUAAAAUAAGAGGAGCAAAUUAUGUUGAAUCGCUGUGUGAAUCUUCUAGACCAGCUCCAUUGGCAUGUAAGAAGUUUGGAGAGCUUUGGCAUUAA